GUUGCAUCGGGACGCGUGCUGCGAUGCGUUAAUUAUAUUUGCAAAGAAGUGUCGAAGAUUAUUGAAUGCGGCUUAUAACGCUAUGCUCUAAUCCUUACUUAGCAAAAGUAUAGUAUCGCACAGACGUCAAAACAUCUGACAAGUGUUCCAAGCACUACAAAACACGCUCCAGAGAAUUGUUCGCCUUUAUAGAGAUGCCAAGAGUUCUUCAAGUCACUGAUGUGCUUGUAUUUGCUUUCAUUAGCGCAAUGCUGGUGAGAACGGAACGUGCACUGUAUUUUGUCACUUGGCCUAAUGACACGAUCGUGAUGAUUAACGAGACCGUCAAAUUCCGUUGGUUGUACGAAGCCAAAGAUAUGGAUGUUCAUAUAACGUGGGGAACUUCAAAACCGAACGAAAAGGUCCCGACGUUCCACGAAGUAUUUUUCACUGCAAGAAAUUACGAGGAAAAUGGAGAAGUUGUAGGGUCUCUUGAAAUGCCACCGAGGUACAGAGGUCGCGUUGAAGUCAUUGGACAAGGACGUGGAGAUGCCACUAUGCAAAUCCGUAAUGUAACGCUCGGAGACGAAGGAAGUUAUCUGUGUGAAAUUACCGAUGCUUCUGGCGGUUGGGACACUUUAUCCAGAGCGGUGACUUUGCACGUGCUGGUUCCACCUACAAUUGUAAGUCAUCCAUCUGCAACAAUAUUACUCAAAGAGGGUGAAAACCUCAAACUAGGAUGCAAAGCAACGGGAAAACCUACUCCUAAAGUUGUUUGGUAUAAAGAAAAUAAUGAGCUAUCACAACGCCAUGGUACUGCUGAGCACGAACGAUCUGAUGUGACCAAAUUGGAUGCAGGCAGAUACAGAUGUGUGGCAACGAACAAUUCAACGACACAAGAUUAUUAUGAAGUGGAUGUCAUUGUAAACUAUAAGCCCGUAGAAACCAAAAUAAAAACCGAUGCUCCAAAGAAUACUUUGUGUAAGGGAACUACACUCAAAAUAAUUUGUGAGGCACAAUCAAAACCUCCGCCGAAAUUUAAAUUGUACCACAAGUAUGGCAAUGAAACCAAGGAAAUUAAAAAAAAUGGGGCAACUCACGAAGGCGUAUUUCUCAUCAAGGACAUUCAACCCAAACAGAGAGGCAGUUAUUUAUGCAUACCAUCAAAUGAUGUUGGACAGGGGGAGAAAGCCGAACUCAAGGUCUUUGUUAAAUUUUCACCAAAUAUAUCUAAUCUCUCAGCAACAAGCCACGUCGUAAAAAUAAAUGACACAUUGAACCUGGUAUGUGAAGCUGAAGGGAAUCCUGCUCCUCAUAUUAAAUGGGUACAUGAAAAUAGAAUGAUUUACAAGCGUCAAGUACAUCAGGCUCGCAUUAUUUUUCAUCAUGUCCAAGCAAAACACCAAGGUUUAUAUACCUGCACCGCUUCAAAUGGUAUUUUACCAGAUGCAAUCAAGAGUGUUUUCAUCGAUGUUUUAUACAAACCCAUUUCUGAAACGCUGAGGCAAACAAUUGUCGCUCAAAUAGGUGAUGCAAUGGUAAUUAGGUGCAAUGUCAGUGCAAAUCCGCCACCAAAGUUUUUGUGGAAAAAAGAAGGCAAAAUCCUCCCAGGCACACAAACGACAAGAACUGUUAAAAUACACAAAUUAUCGGAUUUUGGAAAAUACGUAUGUGUUGCUAAUAACUCCAUUGGUUCCACUAUUCACGAAAUAAAUGUACUUGAAGUAGGAAAACCAUACUUUGUUGGUCAAGUUAAUGUUACGAAAAUAGAUGCAAAUUCUGGAUAUCUGUCUUGGAGUAUUAGUGGGAAAGGUAGAAAUGAUAUUGAAAACCAAGAAAUACAGUACCACCAGGUCGAGAGCAUCAAAGACAAAAAAAUUUUAACUUUGGAAGCAAACAAAAGAUCAUACAACCUUGACAAACUUCAAUCAAAUACAAGUUAUGUCGUUCGACUGUCAGCAAUGUAUCAAAGUUUCACAAUUAAUUCAAAGGAAAUAUAUUUUUCCACAAAGACUGGCUCAUGUUUGAAACCAAGUGAACCAAGAGAUGUUACAAUCAAUAUGCUGCCGAAUGAAAGCAUUCAACUGUCUUGGAAGCGUCCUUUCAGCUUUUGCGGAAAUCUCAAAAAAUACGUUGUACGUUACCACGAUGAAAAUAACCAAAGAUCAAAGGAGCUUAAAAAUAAUUUUGAAAGUCGCAAUCCAUCAAUCGUGAUUGAUGAGUUAUCAAACGUUGGAAAACACAGUAUAACGGUGCAAGCAAUUGGCAAAUAUCCAGGUAAACUAAGCGAAAAUUGGAAUUUAUUCAAGGUAUUGAAAUCUUAAAGAUGAGCGUUAGAAGGAACUCAAAAAGCAGUUUAAAAAUAUCCUGGAUAAAACCUUAUUCUGCUUCUCUUAUAAUCGAUAGUUAUGAAGUGUACUAUCGUCCUAAAGGGGAAGAAUGGAAGUCAAAGGAAAUAAAGUAUGGAUUAAAAAAUGACUCAUUGUCACUUAAUCUGAAUGGUCUGCACGAUUCUAAAUCAUAUGAAUUUAAGGUGCGUCACAAUAAUAUCAUUAUAAAGUUAAAUACACAAUGCACGAAAGUCUCAUUCUGAUUUAAGAAUGGAUGAUUCAAAAAUUCGGCCACAUUGUUUAGAAAUUGUGUUUAAAGUAACUAUAUGUAAGAAAAUAGAGAAAGGAAUUUAAAUCAUUGUAAUGUUUUGUUUUAAUUGCUGGAUGU